AUGCCUAUUGAAUCAGAACCAAUUGGAAGCAUUCCAAGACCAGUGUACCUGGUGGAACCAAUACUUAGUGGCAAUCAACCACCCGAGCUAAUGUAUGACAAGGCCUUGGCAGAGACUGUUCAAAGAUUCAUUGAGACAGGCUCAAAGGUGAUCACAGAUGGAGAGCAACUGAAGCCAUCUUUCCUUACCUAUCCCAUCCAGGGAUCGAAUCAGCUGCAGGGCGGUGGUGUCGAGAUCCCUUUCGCUGACAACCACAAGCGUCAGCUGCCCGUGCUCUCUGGUCAGAACCUACCAUUCAAAUACAACCGCUAUGCCCGAGAGUACCUGGACAAGUGUCGUCAAUGCGCUACGGGAGACUGUUUGAUCAAGGUGCCAAUUAUCUCUGCCAGCGCAAUGAGUCUGCUCUAUCCAAUGGAUCGCGAGAUUCCAGGCUAUCCCAGGACUGCAUUCAUAGCUGACAUGCUCAACGAGGUGGAGAAGGACAUUAGAAAGGCUUUGGAGGGAGGCGCACAUGUCGUCCAGAUUGACGCCACCGAGCUGAGACUCUCGCUCAAGCUUGAUCCAAGUGGCGCUCUGCUGAGAUCAUUCGUCGAUCUCAACAACCAAGUGUUCAACCGCUUCACGCCAGAGGAGCGAGCCAAGUUGGGCAUCCACACCUGUCCAGGCGGUGAUAUGGAUUCCACUCACAGUGCCGACAUUGACUACCUCAGUCUACUACCAACGUUGUUUAACAUCAAUGUCAAGCGCUUCUACUUGCAGUAUGCCUCGGAGAUCGAUAGGAAGCGUGUGCUUGAAUGCGUCAGGGAAAAUGUGAAGCCCGAUCAGCUUUUGUUCUUUGGCGUCACCGAUGUGAUCAACCCUCGUGUCGAGACCGCUGAAGAGGUGUGCGACACCAUCCUGGAGAUUUCCAAAUACAUACCGAUUAAUCAGAUUGGCACAACAGACGACUGUGGCUUCUCCCCCUUCUGCGACGACCAGUCCACCAGUCGAGACAUUGCCUUUGCCAAGAUCAAGGCAAGGAUUGAUGGCACACGCAUGGCAGAGCAGCAUCUUGGUCUCUAG